AAAAAGAAAAUUCAAUUGAAAUUAAAAGCCAUGAAAUCCCUUAAAAUGUCAGGCAGGAUGUCAGCCAAGUCCAGAAGUUCUUCAUCAUGGGACGACGAAUCAGAGGCAGAGACAAUAGCCAUCAUAACCAAUGACGAUGAGAAGGGCAGCGAUUUGUUGAGCAACUCGCAAGAUAUAUUCACGCCGCAUUGGAAUUGGCAGGAAUAUAUUGAUAAGGAUACAGUGCCAGAAAAUCUAAUGACCAACAUGGAGGAUAUCAGUGAGUCCAGUGGCAAUAAGAGACAGCCACAUUAUACACCUCUGACGAGCAGAUUGAACUCAAGCCGAAGCCACAACAGUUUGUUCUUCGAUUUGGAAGCCAAGACGACUAUGGACCAUGGUGCAAUCGAUUGCUCGAUGUCGGACUUAUGGAAUGUUGUGAAAUAUCCAAAGGGUCCGGUGACCAAUGAAGUCUUCAAAAUGUCUGACUUGGAGUUAAUGUCCGCUCGUUGGACUGAGGAAGAUAAUGAUGAAACAGAGACAGAAGUGCCCGAUAUUGAUGAUGGAAUACAAUCAAUGCUAAAUAAUACCUAUGCCGUUAACACGCCACGUUCUGUUGGAUCUUGUUAUGAUUUCGAAAUGGUUUUCAAACCAAUGAAUGUCGUAGAAGAAGAUUCUUUGGCAUUAUUUCUCAAUAACCGCAAUGGAAAAGAAUUGACCCCCGUUGAGCUGCUUACUAUAUGUAUACGUAAUUAUUGGAAUACCGAUAUGGAAGUGCAAAGUGGAACGAAAUUUUGCUACGUCGAUCGUUAUAUUUUCACACAUUUUGCUCAAAAUUUUUUUUUUUGUAAUGGCUUAUCGAUACGUUUUCCAACCCAUCAAGUUCCAAUGGCCGUGAUGCCCUUAAUCUACGAUUGGAUGUUGACCGAAAGCGAGGAAUUGGAUGUCGAUGAUCAAUUUAUACCGCUUUUUAUAGCUGCCAUGUAUUUGGGUGUACAGCAACUAUUGGAACACUAUUGGUACACUCUCUCAUUAAACCACGAUAUGGGCUUGUGUGAGAUGACGGCAUUUCAUGCCUAUAUGAAGGGACGUAUUCUGGGAUGUGGAGAAAUUUUGCCCAUUUUGGUUUGCAAGCUGCGAAAAAUAUUCAUACCAUUGGUAGCCUCCACCGAGUUUUUGCGUUUGACUGCCCACGAAGUGCAUCUUCUGUUCAAGCAGGAUACGAUUUGUGUUAACUGUGAGGAUGAGGUAUUCUUUGCUGCCGUCCGUUGGUUCGAAUUCAAUUGGCCAGUCCGCAAAAAGUUUGUUAACCUGAUUAUGUCAGCGGUACGCUUUCGACAUCUAUCACCCUGGCUACGCAGAUCCCUAGACCAUUUGCGUGAAAAUGAUCUGAUCAAGGAGAUAAGUGAAAUGCCCCAGGUAACCGCUCGUCUAUGGGACUCGGCAAAAUAUUGUACAGCAUGGAUGACUGGUACCACUGAGAUGGGUCGUCGUAAGCGUACCAUUUUCUCCAAGUAUCUCAGAAAUAAAUGCAUCGAACGCUAUUGGGUCUAUUGUCCAGGUGUGCCGCAUCAUCAUGAUAUCAAGUGUCCCAGAUAUCGUGAAUUAACUUACAAUACCUUCAAGCGGCUACUUACCAAGGUCCAGACACACUUUUUGGACUACAUUGACAGCUUAAAAUUUAUACCAAACAAAUAUUGGAACACAUUUAAAUGUUGUCCUGAUAUUGAUCUGAAUGCGGAGAACACACGAGUUUGUCCACGUCCAAAAUUCUAUUCAACUGAAGUUCCUUACAUUUUGAAAUCUGAAAAUCUAUCCAUUAUACCAUCCAGCUCACGAUAAUAACCCACUUAUUAUUAAUUAAACGAAUCGUAAUCUA